AUGCCGACUAUGAUGCAGAACAAACAUUUGGAAAUAUACGAAGUCAAUGGUCCGAUGCUUGAAAUUAUCCUUUAUAUUAUGUCCAUACAUGCCUCCCACUUUUUAUCGUCAGCUGACAAUUCAGCCCAAAAUGUGGAAUUCUUUACUCGUGUCGGCUACCCUGAUUUAAAUCCCGUGCUGCCGGCCGCAAGCCUGCCCUAUGUAUGUGAUGCUGUGAACGAGGCUAAUGGUGGUCAAUUGGUGUGUCAGCCAGACUGUCGAGUCCUAGCCGAUCGAGCUGGCUCCCAUGUAGUCACUACGCGAGCUGGCAUAAUCGGCAACGCCGUACUUUUUGGAUACCGGCGCCGUAAAACGCCAGGCUGGAUUGAUGCAUUCUCGUCUAUCAUAGACUACGGCCUCGAUCCAGCUUGCUUUCGAGAACAUACUAGCCAGCCAUACAGCCCUGGAAAUAGCCUCCUUGCCUAA